CACCCAUCACCCAUCACCCAGCACGUCCUCAUUCUUCUUCUUUCUUUUGUCCUUCACCUUCUUACUAAUACCCACCCAAUUGCACCAAGAACUCACAAAACAUCAUCACACCAUGAGCAACUCCUCUCCUUCGUUUAUGCAACAGCUCGAAUCACGAGUCCAGGAAGUGAAUUCCCUCCUCUGCAUCGGAUUGGAUCCCCAUCCUCAAGAUCUCAAGACGUUUGCCGAAUCUCCCAAUUGCUCGCGUCAGACGGAUAAUCCCGCCGAGAUUGCCCUUCAGUUUUGUCAGAAUCUUGUCCAGGCGACACUCCCCUAUGCCGUCUGCUACAAACCGAAUGCUGCCUUUUUUGAAGCUCUGGGUGAAGCGGGUCACAUUGCCCUCAAGCAGAUUAUUGCCGAUAUUCAAAACCACAAGGUCCCCGUCUUGUUGGACUGCAAACGAGGGGAUAUUGGUUCUACUGCCACGGCAUAUGCGCAAGCAGCCUACAGUGAACUGGGCGCGGAUGCGGUGACGUUGUCACCACUCAUGGGAUGGGAUUCUGUCGCUCCCUUUGUGACGGACGCCUAUGAUGGAAAAGGCGCCUUUUUGCUUUGCAAGACAUCCAAUCCAGGAUCCAAUGAUUUCUUGGCACUCAAAUUAUUAUCAGUGGCAGCAGAUGAUCAGCUGCAAGAGGAGACUCUCUACCAACAAAUUGCUCGUUUGGUAGGUCAUGAAUGGAACUCCAAAACAUCCAACGGCAAUAAUAAUCUUGGACUCGUCGUGGGCGCGACGGAUGCGGUCGCCCUUGCCAAUGCGAGAAAGGCUGCCGGUGACAAGGUUUGGAUUUUGGCACCUGGAGUGGGUGCACAAGGGGGGGAUUUAGUUACGGCCUGUAAGGCUGGUUUGAAUUCUCAAGGGACUGGUCUUUUAGUGCCCGUCUCGAGAGGGAUUUCAAGAGCCGCUGAUCCAGCCAAAGCCGCCGAAGAACUGCGAGAUGCCAUGAGAACCGCCAUUCAAGAAUGUGCCAAGGAAAAAGACACAGCAGCAACCAGUGCUACUGCAUUGCAAGCCUAUCAAAAAGAAUUUAUUGAAUUUGCAUUGGAAGAGGGUGUGCUAAAAUUUGGUUCCUUUGUCUUGAAGAGUGGAAGAACGUCUCCCUACUUUUUCAAUGCUGGCUUGUUUUGUUCGGGAAAAUCAUUGCAUCAACUGGGACUUGCCUAUGCUAGCGCCAUCAUGGACAGCCCAGAAAUAACUACAACCGACCCAACAACAAACAAAAAGACUGUGAACUUUGAUGUCUUGUUUGGACCCGCCUACAAGGGAAUCUCCCUGGGAGCUGUUGUGGGCAGUGCACUCUAUGCCAAAUACGGCAUCUCGGUGGGUUUCGCCUACAACCGCAAAGAGGCCAAAGAUCACGGCGAAGGUGGUGUCUUGGUGGGGGCUGAAUUGAAAUCUCAACGGAUUCUCGUGGUGGACGAUGUCAUCACGGCAGGUACUGCCAUUCGGGAGUCACAUGGGAUGUUGUCCAAAAUUGAAGGUGCCACCAUGAUGGGUGUGGUCAUUGCGUUGGAUCGGGCCGAGAAACGAUCUUUGGAUGAUCCGGUCAGUGCCGUGCAGGCGGUAGCACGUGAUUUGAAGCUACCAGUGGUAUCCAUUGUCAAUCUACCCCAGUUGCAAACAUUUUUGAAGUCUGAUACAGCCAACUACGGAGCUGAAAUCUUGCAGAGUGUGUCCGACUACCGAGCGCAAUAUGGAGUGUCUGAUUGAGGAUUGAUAGAUGUUUUGACAAACUAUCCGCCACGUGUGUUUGACAAACCUAUCAUCAAGUGUGUUUGUGGCUGUUUUCUUGAAAUGGAUGGUGAAAGAGCUCCUUGGAACGAAUGCGUCUCUCCGAUACCAGUUGGCUUUGAAACGGCAUUGUACUGUAUAAUUGUUAUAAGUGGCACCUGUAUCCGUACCGUAUCAUAGAAGCCAUUGCUUUGAGAUACAGGUAUAGUAAUGUACAAAGAGUUUAGGUAACAUAUUAAAGCCUACAGUGUACCCGUCGAGUAUACUGGGGAAGAAAGGAAGAAAGUUUGCAAAGGAUAAAAUCGGCCACACGAAAACCAAAAGGGACCUGCAGGGCAGGAUAAUGGCCGGUGUAGAGAAAGAGAUGAAAAAUGCAGUCAUGAUUAGCGUUCCAGAACUUGGGAGGGACCAGUAUCGGUUGAGGCAUCAAAAUGGAACAAUUCGCUUCGCUCAAGCCUCAUCUACAACAAGAUGAACCAGUUCACCCAAGCCGUUUUCUCUUGCGGGAUCUUCCAGCCAUGGGAGGCAACUUCUUUUUGGAUGCCCCACUCUCUGUCUCCAGACAAAGCGAAGGAUUGAGCAUGAGCAAGUAGUAGAGCACGCUCAAGUCAUGCCGGUUCUUGAAAAGCAUAUCAACCCAUUCCUUGGCAGUCAUUUGCGUCUGCCGCUGCAAUAGAUUCGCUCGGUCGGCACAACGGUUCAACCGAAGGUAAAAGUCAAGGCGUGGACAAGAAAGCCACGACGUCGCAGAGCGGAGGCUAAGGUGGUGGAGGGUAUAGUUCUGCUUCAUGGUGUCUGCAAACAUGGAAGUGAUAAGCCUCUGUUUGACAUCGGCACCAGGUGAGUAGACCAGAAGAUCCAGGCGUGUCAGGACCGUGUUGGUGGCAAGUGCCCAACAGAUUGGUACUGUGUCCUCCAUGUCCUUGAAUUCCAGAAUAACCUCUUCUAGGACUGGAUGUACUGCAAGUACACGGGCAAUGGUCGCCCCAAAACCGGGACACAAUGCACACGCUGUGAUUCGUAGUUCUUUCAGGGCUCCGUUGAACCUGAGGUUGUCAACAAACUGGAUCCAUUCGAUCGGCCCUAGACACUGUGCACCUCGGACUCUGAUGGAUGUCAAUGUCGAGGACUCAUGGUCUAAAGGACACAACGCUUGGCCUGCCCAGGAAACGUCACUCAAAGCAACUGACUCCAAGCGAGGAUUUGUGACGGCAGCUCUGAGAAAGGGCACCAAGUUGGCGGAACCUUGAGUGGGAUGGCUAUCCGUGAUGUAGAGCCGCUUCAUGGACUGGUGGUUCAGCAUCGCAAAAGUCAAGUCGCGCAUAUCAGACCAUUCUCCGGAAACUUGAACUCGCUUCAAGAGCAAGUCCUCGAGGCAUCCACUGGAAGAGGCUAGGAGACAGCGAGCGAUUGCCGCAGCAGGAAGCUUCAGUCUCUGGCGACGGUCACAAAACGGGCUGCAGAGUUCCAGCCUCAUGAGAUUGGAACAAGAACCAAUCAUUUCAAAGACAUGGAUGACUUCUACCUCUUUCAUACGUCUAGGAGCAUCGAACGACCUGGAGAAGACACGGAUGGUGUCUUUUCUCUGGGGUGGUUUGUUAUAGCCUUUCAAAGCGAUGAGGAUAGCUCUGAUGCUCCCUCCCAACACCACAUCAAGAUAGGGCACCAUGGGGUUGGUGGAUGAGAAAUUGCUCGUGGAAAACAUUGCACAGAGCACGAAGGAGAGUUUUAUUGGGGAGGAUUGUGGUUUUGUGGCACGUGCAGUCGAAGGUAAAAGACAGGGGAUCACGGAGGAGGUUCAUCCUUCAAACUUCGGAGUCUUCGGAUUUCCUCCCCAAACUCUGUUUUCCUUUUUUUCGCAACCCAGAAAAACCCAGAGAUGUACAGUUACUUACAAGGAGCAAAUUCUAAAUGCUUUGCCUUCUUUUCUUGAGAUGCCACAUGCCACUGUCUUCAGUACUCUUGAGUAGCUCAGAGUACGUACUCAAGGAAGCUCUCAGGUGUACUCAUCAGUAUGCAUUUUUGUGUUUUGUGCUAUUUAUUAUUAAUAAUACCGGUACUAGUAGUACAAGUGCUCAGUUAGCUAUUAAUAAUGCUGUGCUUUUGGAAUGUGGACUGUGCUAGGUGCUAGCCACACUUAUGCACCCGUGGGGGCGAAUAUUCUUUAAACGUGAUAGAAUGAAAUG